UUGCGGUCGCAACAUUGUGACGUUGUUCAGCUGAGGUGCCUUGACGACGUUCAGUAGAGUUUUCGCUUUAGAAGUAAAGAGAACGCUUAUAUUGGAACUUUUAAAAAAAUCAACUAUUUUAAAAGAUGGAGAGUAUUUCAAUUUCAAGACUUGACUUAAUCUUGAAGCAGUUUAUUAGAAUUGACCAGUAUAAAGGGUACUGUAGGCUUCUGAAAGAAUAUGCAAUGGAAGCAUUUACAGUUGAUGGAAUGCCAGCACCAAUAUAUGUAGCGAAGAGAAUGGCAUAUUCCCAGGAAGAUGACAAUUUCGGUAUGGUUGAAAUGAAGGACUUGUUGGUGCCACUUUGUAACACCGCCUAUCUUCUUCAAUGUCAGACACCAGACAAUGCUGUCAUGAAAGAAAAAAAAACAGACUUUGACGUUACGUGA